AUGUCCCAAAGGAAAAAAAAAAGAGAACCAACACCCACUAGAGUUGCUUUAGUUUGUCUGAAAACAACAUAGAAUAAUAUCUAAAUCAAUAAUCAAUCUUUAUUGAAAGUUUUCUCCAAACAUGGCUCUAUUUCAAAAAUUUUAAUAUUUGAGAGAGGUCAGCUUUAAACAAAAGUAUUUAUUGAAUAUGACGAAGUUGAUUCAGCAAUUGAUGCAAUAAAAUCACUUAAUAAUACAAAAAUCUUAAAUUAAAUUUCAUGCAAUGUUUAUCAUUCGAGGUUGAAAUAGCUAAAGCUUGAUACUGUUCCAUAUACUAAAGGUCUUGAUUUUACUAAUCCUCCUUCUAAUACUACUGAUCAGAUUGAGCAAAAUGAAGAAUAAUAAGAAAUAGCACGAAUCAAUGAAUGGGAAGAUUUCUAAUUUGGAAGUAAUUCUACAGAUGAGGUUUCUGAUGAGGAGGAGCCGUAGUUUUCAGAAGAGAAAAUGGUAGAUAUCCUCAGUCGACUCAAUUAAAUAGAUGAUGAAAUUAAUAAAACUAUUGAAACUAAGAUCGUUACAGCUUUGGACAAGUUGCAACAAAAUACAAUGUGCAUUUAAGUGUUAAUCACUUAUGAUAUAUUAAAUGACUUGAAUUUUGUUAUCAAAAUAUUUUGUCUCUUUGGAGAAAUUAAGUAUUUGAAAUAAAGCUAAAUUUAUAUCUAUAUCAAAUAUGGAUCCAAUAUGGAAUGCUAAAAAGCAUAUUAAUUACUUAAAGAUUAUUUGGAAAUAAAACUGUAAUACAAUUUUGAAAAUGUCAAUGGUAAACUUAUUCAACCAAAUUAUAUAAACAAUUCAAAAUCUUAAGAAGCAAUUAAUGAUUAAGUAGCCAUCUAAGAACUCUUCUAAUCAUAUAAAAUAAUCAAGUAAUAGAAUAACAGUUUGAUAAAAAUCAACUAAUGA